AUGCCAAGCUUCCAGGGAAGGCAGAUUUGCCUCUUGGCACUUCCAGUUGGCGACCUGAAAAUUAACGAUGUUUCUGAUGGGCACAUCAUCAGAGAAGUCAGGCACGGGGCAGAGGAUGUCCGCAAGGCAGGUAACUUCUCUUGUAAAGCGAAGGUGAUCGUGGUGGAGGGCCCCAUUAAGCAGGAUUGGAUUUUAGCAAGAAUGGAUCUUCAAAAAGCCGUCGAGGAAGUGAUGCAUUUGGACCGCCAGACAGUGAAAAACCUUGCAGAAAAUGCCAAAAAGGGAAUGGAUAGCUUUCACGGGGACCAAAAGCUUCGGGAGGCUGUCAAGCGGCUUGAGGGCCACUUGCGUUCUCGAACUACGAAGAUGCCGCCGUAUCCUCAAGCGGGUGCACUCUACAUCCCUACAGAUGAUGGCGAAUCACCCUUCCAAGAACGUCUUGAUUUGAGCUGGAAAGUGUACAAGACAACAGUUGCCUUUGCCUUACCAGAUUCAACGCACGAAAGGGGUUUGUUGCAGCAGAUGGAAGACUUGGAGAUAGAGAAGGCUUUGCUGGAAAAGCGAGCGAUGCGUGAGCUUCAGGAUUUGGAAUCCUUGGUAAAGCAUCUUGAAGAGGAAAGGCGGAGGAAAGCUGCGAAGCAAGCAGAGAACAGACUUGCGCCAAAGCCCACAGCCAGAGAGGAGUCUGAAGUCGCUGGCGAUUGGCAAGGCGCCGCCCCGCCUAGGUGUCAGCUAGGCGAGGAUGAUCUUCCUCCGGUGGUUCCGGUGGCGGUGCAAAGCGCUUGGUUUGCUGCACAGAAGGUGGAAUUCCAUGACAUCAGCUCCGAUGGUGAAGAGCAAGAAACCCAUCAGCCACCAGAGACAGACGAUGUACAGUACCCUGCGGGGCUCCACUACGUCCAGCGCGUGGCAGAGCUUGAAGCGCAGAGUGACGAGCUGAAGCUGCGUCUCGAAGAGCUCCAUGCCUCAGAAAGUGCAAUGCGCCGGGAGAGCCAGGAGAAGAAUGACCUGAUCACCGUGCUGCUGCAAAAGGCCAAACUGCCGAACUCCGAGACUGGCCUGGGCCUUUGGGGAGAUCUCUGCACACGACGAUUCUCCGGGGAGCAGACGGCGAAGGAGGCCAUCGCUAUUCGGUUGGAGGUGUGUGGCGAAACCGCAAAGCAGCUUCCGAAGAGGAAGCUCAAGAGCUUGAGAGGAUUGUAG